CAGCGUAAACAACAAAGUCGAGAUAUUAUAUCGUGUAUCGUCUGCAGCAAGUGAUUUUCGCGCAUCGAAGAUGCCCAACGACGACAAAUUCGACGUGUACCUCAUGUACGGCGGAGCAGCAGCAGCAGCCGGGGGUGAUCGGUACGACUUGAAUCGCGAGAUCGCGAAUCACUUCGAGACAAUCGCGAACCUGCUGAAGUUGAAGAUGAUGCGCGAAAUGGUCGUUGCGAAGAUGGAGGAAGAUCGUCGAGAGAAUAAGAGCUGUAGCGAGAACGAGAGUAGUAGCAGCAGUAGUAGUAGUAGCGACGAAGCCGACGACGACAAUCGUCUCGCCGACUUGGUCAGAGACUGGGAGGGCCAAUACCCGGAUCUUCGCAAGAUGUUCGAUCGCGAACAGAUGGAUUGGCUUCUCAAGGAGUACGCGUCCUCGGCGACCGUGCUCGGAUUCGUGGUCGGAUGCGGCUACAGAGACGAGCCCGAGCCGGACGAGGACGGCAAGAUUGCGUUGAAUCGCGUGACACCCGUGCAUCGGGCGUUCGGCCAGGAAGAGUACGACUGCGUCCCCGAGCUCUUCAAGAUAUACAAGUACGAUGUGAAUUACAUCGACGAGAGAUCCGGCCUGACGCAUUUUCACGUGGCCUGCGAGUACGGCCUCUCGGACGUCGUCGAGAAAUUUCUCCGACACGGCCAGGAUCCCGACUGUCUGCCCGUUCGAUCGACGGUCGAUCCACCGCUGCACUUGGCGCUGAUGAACGACGAGCGAAAAGUCGUGGAGCUGCUGCUGAGGGCGGGGGCCGAUCCGAAUCUGGCCAACGCCGAGGGCGAGACCCCGCUGCACGCGGCCGGCCAGAGAGAAAACGACGACGACUUGGAGCAGGUGUUUUUCGAUAUCGACGACGCGAUCAGGCGGCGGGUGCGAGUCGACGCUCGGGACAGGUCGGGCAACGCGCCGCUCCACCUGGCCCUGGCCAAUUACGCCAAGAGCCUGGCCGAGCUGCUGCUGCGUAACGGCGCCGAUCCCAAUCUGGCCAACGACGCAGGAGAGACUCCUCUGCACGUGAUCGGCAAGGAUCGCGACGACGCGCACGAGUUGGCCAGGAUGCUGUUCGAGAUCAGCGACGAGAGGCGAGUGCGGGUCGAGGUCGAUGCCCGGGACGAGUCGGGCCGGACGCCUCUUCAAUGGGCCGUGGCCAAUUUGGUGCCCAAGACCGUCGCGGUGCUCCUGGAACGCGGCGCCGAUCUGUCCGCGUUCCGUUUCCCGACCGAGGAUUAUCUCUUCCGGGAUUAUUUUUCGUUCAUGCAUCCCGCGAGUUCGAGAGCGACGGCCGGCGCUCUGGACGUUCUGGAGCGCCUCGAGAGACGAGGAUACGAGCCGGACCGUGGCGACGUCCUGACGAUCAUGAAGCUGUUCGCCAAGCACAAGGCGUUGGAGAAAUCGGCGGCCGAACUCGACGAAUCCAGCUGGAUGGACGAUCAACGGUUCGCCGACAGAGCGAAAAAGAUGAAGAUCGCCGAUUCGGACCUCACGCUCUACGAUCUGAUCCGAUUGCCGGCCUGCGAGGCGGCGAGACUGCUUCCACCCAGAGGCGACUACCUCAAGUUCAUGUACUUGCUCGAUCUGUGGAAGCUUCCGGACGAGCACAAGCAGGCCACCGCUCGGCGUCUGUGCGAGGCGAUGUCGAGGCGAUUCUUUCGACGAUGGGCCACGACGUCUCUGAUGGAGCUCGUCGAGGGGACGCGGCGGUAUCGCUUGCCGAUUCUCUGCUGCGACAUGAUCGCCGAGCUGCUGGACAACGAGGACUCGUGGCGCGUUUGCUUGGCGGCCGCGGGACAGAGCUUGCCCACUAAAAGUGUUCAAAAAUCGAUAUAAAUCGAUAUAAAUAAAUAAAUAAAUAAAAUGAAUUCGUUAAUUUUCUCAAUCGUAAA